AGCGCCCACCGCCGUUGCGCACGCGCCGGGGCGCUAAGGAACACAUCGCACGCGGGUGCCAGUCCCGCGGCGCCUGUGGAUGGGUUCACGCGGGGUUCAGAGGGCAGCAUCGCAGUCGACGGAGAGGGCAGCGCAGCUCACGAUGUCUCCAUAUGGUGCCGGCUCUUCGGGUUAGGUCGAGGGUUCGAUACCCUACAUGCUCAGUAGGUCGAGGGUUCGAGUCCCGCUAUACUUGAUUUCGUGCAAGAGACAGAGAAGAGGAGGCGGAACCAUGACCGUGAAGCGCGGUCGCGACAUCGACUGGGCCCGUUUCGGUCUGCGCAGUGAUGGCGCCGACGGAGGGGCCUCCGACGAACCGACAGGACACGGCGGCCUAUCCUCCGGAAACCCCGGCGGGGACGAGCUUUUCCACCAAGACCUCAGCGCCAAAGCAAAGCCCUGGUGGUCGGCCAACUUCUUCGUGUCGGAGCCCGUGCUGUUCGGCACCUGGGAUGGCGUCUUCACCACGUGUAUGAUCCACCUGUUCGGCGUCAUUGUCUUUCUGCGCUCCGGAUGGAUAGUGGGCAAUGCGGGCGUGGAGCACGCCCUGCUCAUGGUGCUGGCCACGGUGGUCGUGUGCAGCCUGGCCGUGCUGGCCGGCAUCGGCAUCUGCGAGCGGUGUCACCUCGAGUCCGGCGGCCUGCACGUGCUCCUCUCACACAUUCUAGGCGUGCGCGUGGGCGGCGCCGCAGCACUCAUCUACUGCUUCGGGCAGGCGGUGAGCAGUGCGCUGCACGUGAUGGGUUUCGCCGAGUCCAUGGGCCAGCUGCUCAAGAUGGAGGAAGACCCGUGGCUGCAGCGGGGAAUCGCCUCGGCGCUCGUCCUCCUCCUGCUCGGGAUCAACGUGGCCGGCGUCAAGUGGGUCGUUCGCCUCCAGUUCGCUCUCCUCAUCAUUUUGCUCAUGGCCGCGCUAGACUUCGCCGUGGGAACAUUCGUCCGCUACGACUCUGAGCACGGCGUGACGGGCUACGAUCUAGCGACGCUGAAGAACAACAGCUUUCCUCGGUACGGCGAGGGCCAGAACUGGUUCACCGUGUUCGGCGUCUUCUUCCCGGCCAUGACGGGCGUCUUCGCAGGCAUCAACAUGAGCGACGACCUUAGGAACCCCGUGCAGGACGUGCCCGUAGGCACGAUGGCCGCCAUCGGAACGUGUUUGUUCCUGUAUCUGGUAUUUGUCCUCGGUCUGGGAAGCACGUGCCAGCGCUGGGCUCUCACCACGGACUACCUCAUCGCCGAAAAGGCGUCCGCCAUCGGCGUCAUGGUGCUUUCCGGUCUGUACAUCUCUUCCAUGUCAGCGUGCCUGGGGGCUCUGUACCUGACGCCUCGCAUUCUGCAGAACAUGGCAAAUGACGGAAUUCUCCCCUUCAGCAAGCAGCUAAGCAUCGGAAAGGGGCCCAACAAGGUUCCUGUGGUGGCGCUGGUGCUGUUCGCGCUGGUCACGUUCCUGUUCAUCUUGGCGGGCCAAGUGAAUACCCUGGCACCACUGGUCACCAUCCCGUUCCUGCUGACGUACGCGUGCGUCGAGUACGCUUACUUCUCCAUGGCGAUGACCUACGACAUCCAACGCCGGCGCAACGAACGCUUCCGCCAGCAGGCGGCCAUCAUACGGGCGCAGGCAACGGACAAAACCAGCUACGGGGCGCUUGGAGACGCCAAGGUUCCCACGAGCGACUUGGACCAGCUGUUUCCAGAACGUGUUCAUGACAAGACGGUCAUACCACGCGACCACAGCAGCGUAAGCACGACAGAAUCUCCGGUGACGUCACCAGACGAGCACAGCUCUAUACGGAGUGCGGAGAGUAGAGAUUCGAACGUCGACCAACCGAGGGACCAGCCGGCAUCUGGCAUUACUGACAAGACUCACCUCCUCGCUAAAGGACGGGGACCAUGGCCAGAGAUAUCAAAUAAGUCAAAUACGUGGUAUGCGAAACUGUGCAAUCGCUGGAUCGCAGUGCUUGGGAUCUUCGUGAAAUUGGCAAUUAUGUUCCUUGUGCAAUGGGGCUAUGCACUGGCAUCCAUCUUUCUACUGAUCUUCCUUUGGCUUUGCAUUGGAAGGAUCAAGCCAGGGGCUUUCCCAGGAGUCACCGAGUUCAAACUGUUUCCAUGGCUACGCAAUUUAUUCCUGCGUUGCAUAGGGAAGAAGCCCACAGACUAUGAACAAAUAGUGGUGGCCCCUGCGUGCCCUGGAGUCUCAACAAUGGAGUCUCAGCUGAACGACGAAAACGUAGAUUAUGCGUCGCGGCACCGCUACCAUCAUUCUACCACCCUCCAAACAUCAUCACAUUUCCAGCAACAUUCAGACGACAGUGAAUGAGCCACGAGUUUCCCAGGCGCUGCAUAGUGCCUGAAGUGGCUGUUUUAAAGGGCAUGUUCAUGUUGAAGCCAUUCUGCCAAUCCUCUUUAAUGGGCAAGAUCACAACCUACUGAAGCAUGGCCUUUGUUCAUUCCAAGGUUACAAAUGUUUAAGCUCAAUGUUGAAGGCAUUUUAUGUGUAACAACUGCAAGAGGACAGACAACAUGCGGAAGUUCAUGAGUGAGCCCAAAUGGCUGAAGUGCUGCUGGUAACAUGCUCCAAAUACAACUAAAAGAGGAGCCAACAUUUCCCAAUGCAGUCUAACACUAGGCUUAUAUUGGCUUAUAGUAUCGACAGGAAUGACCGGCAAUCGAAAUAGCACACUAACAACAACAAAUGCGAUAAGAGUUUCAUGCUCUGCCUUUUGAAAUCUACUAACAGUGCACAUUGUUUUCAAUAGAGCUACUAUAUGUCACAGUAUAGAAGUGGCAUACAGUACCCAAGACCACUAAAAGACAAAGCAAAGGCAUGUUGCAUCACUGAGUUAAGUGCUUGCACAUGCACUUGUGCUCCAUGCUCUGCUUUUAAAGCACAAAAUUUUCCAACAUGUCAGCUAGUCGGACCAGCUCACAUUUCAGCCAUGUUUCAGCUACUUGGAGAAAGGCAGUUUUGCAUGUCAUUCCAAUGGCCUACUUGUAGUAUGUUCUAGUCGUUUGUUACCUAUCAGGUGCUUCUCUACUGCUGCAUGACCAACCAAGACAGCACAGGGUAAGCUGUGCAUUCAUACUGCUGUGAAACACAUUCUUACCUCUUUACCAAAACAAAAGCAUAGUGAUUUAACGUCAGACUAUUAACAUGCUUCCAAGCUUUUCCAGGGAUAUUGUGCAUCACCUGUUCCAAAGCAAUGUAACCUAUUUUCCUAACUCUUUUUGAAAUGCGAGCGUACGGCUGUGCUAUGAUGUGUGUGAUGCACACUGGUUCGUGGCAUGCACCCAAAUGGGACAAUCGAGACUAAAGCUACUUUCAAUGUGCUCCCCUCGCACCCUAUUUAUUCCAAUUUCUCAACCGUACAUGGAUACAAAACAUACUUGAUGCUUCAACAAAGAACAAGCAACAAUUUGUUUUUGUGCAUGUAAUGCCUGCAGCUAAAAAGAAAAAAUAUAACAUGUAAAGUGGCAUUCAAGGCAGCAUUUUGGUAAUGCAGACAGCAUACUGCUUCUACUCAUGUACAAUGCACCUCAGAGCCCACAACGUGUCAAAGUCUGUGUGUGUACGUGUAUGUUACUGAAAUGGGACAGUCCACUCCUAAUGUGCAAAUGACAAUGGCUUUGUGUGAGAAAACAACAAAAAAGUGAUAUGUUGAAUAAAUUAUGUUUACGUUGUCA